GGCACGGAAUCGGGAACAGAUGGAGAUGGUGGGCGGUGAGCUUCAUUAUUGCUGUGCCGUCGGGCCCCACCCACGCUGGUUGCGGGCGUGCGGAGCGUUAUCUAACGGAGACGUGACGGCACGUUACGGUCCCGUAGCUAGCAAGUUACGGGGGGAUCCCACCGUCACCCACUUAAGUGGACGUCCGCUCGCGAUCCGUCUCCCACGCUCUAACGUCGUCUACUUCCCGUCCCGUCUCGUUCGGCCUCCGCCCCGUUCGGAUUCGGACGCCAUAACCCUAACCCUAACGACGACGAGGCCGCCGCCUUCAUGGCCUCCUGCGACGACGACUUCGCUUUGCUAGGAGACGAAGCCCAGUCGCAGCACCAGCCACAGGCACGGGCCGUCCCCUUCUCCGCCGCCCACCGCUACGUAACCGCCAAGGCGACGCCGAUCUCCCUCCAUCCCCGCGCCCACCACCACCUCGGCGCUGCCUCCUCCUCCGCCCCCUCGGUCAUCGUCAGCCCUGGAAAGAAGGGGGUCGUUGUCGAUGGUGGAGGCGAGAACCAUGAGGGUUAUGGCGAGGCAUUCGGCCAGACGGACGCCUCCAAAUGCCCCUCCGCCUCCGCCUUCCACGAACACCCCUGCUUCGCUGAGGACGCCAAUCCCUUCGCCACCCAGCACGCAGCCGACGACGACGACGACGACGACGGCGAUGCCGACAACCCCGAGGUCAAGGGAGCUGCCACCUCCGCGUCCCACCACCACCACCUCCAGCACAUCCACCACCAGCAGCAGCCCCAUCACCACUCGCCCAAGCGCAAGGACCGCGACGAUAUCAGCGACGGCGAGUCGCCCUACUGCUACAACAGCAGCAUGGCGGCUAACAAAAAAUCGAGGCCGAUGUCAUCCUCGGGGGACUACCGCAAGGACCGGGAGGAGUGGAGCGACACGGCCAUAGGUUCCCUCCUAGACGCGUACACAGAGAGAUACGAGCAGCUGAACCGGGGCAACCUGCGGGGAAGGGACUGGGAGGACGUAGCCACCAUCGUCAGCGAGCGCUGCAACAAGCAGAAGGUGGGCAAGAGCGUGGAGCAGUGCAAGAACAAGAUCGACAACCUCAAGAAGCGAUACAAGGUCGAGUGCCAAAGGCUCAGCAUUGGCGGCCUCCCAACCAGCCACUGGCCCUGGUUUAAGAAGAUGGAGCAGAUCGUUGGCUCGUCAUCCUCGUUGAAGGCUGCCCCGGACGAUGACAAAUCCGUCACCCUUGGUGGCCCUCCUGCAGUCAUGAGACAGAUCAAAAGACAUCCCAUUGCUCCAUCUGGCCCUCUUAGCACAAAUAUUAACUCAAAGAUGAAGUCAUUAUCAAAUCCACGGUGGAAGAGGGUGAUUUUGAAAAUUAGUGGUAUGGCAUUAGCUGGAGCUGGGCCCCAGAAUGUUGACCCCAAGGUAAUUAUGCUUAUUGCUAAGGAAAUUGCAAUCGCAAGCCGUGCUGGUUUAGAGGUAGCUAUUGUUAUUGGAGGCCGAAAUUUCUUUUGUGGUGACACUUGGAUAGCUGCAACUGGAAUUGAUAGGGCUACAACUUAUCAAAUUGGUAUGAUGGCAUCAUUGAUGAAUGCCAUGAUGCUCCAAGCAUCCUUGGAGAAGAUUGGUGUUGAGGCACGUAUACAAUCUACCUUACUGAUGCAAGAGAUUGCAGAACCAUAUAUAAGGCGGCGAGCUAUCCGUCAUCUUGAAAAAGGAAGAGUUGUUAUAUUUGGUGGAGCUGGUGCUGCAACAGGAAAUCCACUUUUUAGCACCGAUACUGCAGCUGCCUUGAGGGCCUCUGAGAUUCAUGCAGAUGCCGUGCUCAAAGGUACUACUAUGGAUGGUGUCUUCAACUGCCAUCCAAGAAACAACGGUGGUAGUGCAUUCGAGCACAUUUCAUUCAGGGAGUUGGUUUCCAGAGGCUUUACUGCAAUGGACAUGACAGCAUUAAAUUUCUGUGAAGAAAACAACAUACCGGUUGUUAUCUUUAAUUUAUUAGAACCAGGCAAUGUCUCAAAGGCACUUUGUGGAGACCAAGUUGGUACCCUUGUAGACCAGUCAGGGAGGAUUAACUGAUUCCCAAUUCCAUCUCAGCCAAAGGUGUCACAAAGCAGAUAUGAUCAUAAAGCCAUCUUUACCUCCUGUUUCCGAGCUAUUACAUUCAUUUUGAGUGACUUCUACCUCAAGCUUGUGUCUCUAUGGGCUGGAAACACCUUGGCAGUGUGAAUACAUCCUUCCUCGUUUGGUCGGCUUGUCGUCAAAUGGCACGAAACGAAAAAAGCAAAAAAAUCUAGCUUUGUACCAGUAAAUUUCUGGCCCAGUGUUGUUGUUCAUUGAGCUGUAAAUUAAUUUAAUGGACUGUACAAAAGAUGGCGAGAUCCUUGGACAAAGGAAGUGGCAGUAAGUUCUUCAAGCUAUUUCAUUAAUGGGUAAAUGUAAAGCAUGCUUCCUUCUUCGUGGCUUGUAAUUUGUUGAGCAUAUGAAAUCUAAUGGCAUCGACUGCAUUCAUCAUCGAA